AUGGCGCACGCAGAAGCACCUGAACGUCAAAGAAUCGACCCUCUUGCUGUGGUCAAGGACUAUGCCACUGUACCACGUCUAGAGUACCGAACGAUCGCUGGUGUCAAUGGUCCUUUGGUUCUCUUGGAUAAUGUAAAACUUCCCAAGUAUGCCGAGAUUGUCAACUUGACUCUUCGUGACGGAACAACACGCUCGGGACAAGUUCUGGAAGUUGCCGGUAACCGUGCUGUUGUCCAAGUUUUCGAGGGAACUGCUGGAAUUGAUAACAGAAAGACCCGGUGUGAAUUCACUGGCGAUGUCCUUAAGAUGGGUGUUUCCGAAGAGAUGCUUGGUCGAUCCUUCAACGGAUCUGGAAAGGUUAUUGAUUCGGCACCAAAGGUUUUGGCUGAAGCCUACUUGGAUAUCAAUGGACAACCUAUCAACCCUUCUUCUCGUGAUUACCCUAAGGCCAUGAUCCAAACCGGUAUUUCCGCCAUUGAUGUGAUGAACUCUAUUGCUCGUGGACAAAAGAUUCCUAUUUUCUCUGCUGCCGGUCUUCCACACAAUGAAGUUGCUGCGCAAAUUGCAAGACAAGCAUCUCUGGUUCAACAAAAGGAUACAAUGGAUAGUCACGAAGAGAACUUCGCCAUUGUUUUCGGUGCCAUGGGUGUGAACAUGGAAACUGCUCGUUUCUUCCGUUCCGAUUUCGAGGAGAGUGGUGCGAUGCAGCGUACAGCUCUUUUCCUGAAUCUUGCCAAUGAUCCUACUAUCGAACGUAUCAUUACUCCCCGUUUGGCUCUUACCACCGCAGAAUACCUUGCGUACGAACGUGAUUUGCACGUUCUUGUCAUCCUUACAGAUAUGUCGUCGUAUGCUGACGCCCUUCGUGAGGUGUCUGCUGCUCGUGAAGAAGUUCCUGGACGUCGUGGUUACCCGGGUUACAUGUACACGGAUCUUUCCACAAUCUACGAACGCGCCGGGCGUGUGGUUGGACGCAAUGGCUCCAUUACUCAGCUUCCUAUCCUUACGAUGCCUAACGAUGAUAUUACGCAUCCUAUCCCAGAUCUUACAGGGUACAUUACGGAGGGGCAAAUUUACUUGGAUCGUCAAUUGCACACAAAGGGUAUCUUCCCUCCGAUCAAUGUGUUGCCAUCGCUUUCUCGUUUGAUGAAGUCCGCUAUUGGUGAAGGUAUGACUAGAUCAGAUCACGGAUCUGUUUCUAACCAGCUUUAUGCAUCUUAUGCCAUGGGUAAGGAUGUCAUGGCCAUGAAGGCUGUUGUUGGAGAAGAAGCCCUUUCGAUGGAAGAUCACUUGUACCUCAGCUUCUUGGAGCGCUUCGAAGGAAAGUUCAUUGCGCAAGGGCCAUACCAAGCACGUACCAUUUUCGAGUCUCUUGACUUGGCUUGGAGCAUUCUCCGUGCAUUCCCCAAGGAAUUGCUCAAGAAGAUCCCCAAGAAGACCCUUGAUCAGUUCUAUGCUCGUCGCCGUGAGGCUGCUGAGGCAGUGAACAAGGCUGAUGGGUCUGCUUAG